AUGGCUUCCCAACCAUCAUACCGCAUAGCCUCGAUCCCCGGCGACGGCAUUGGCCCUGAGGUCGUCCACGCCACCAUCCAAGUCGUCGAGACACUUGCCAAAAUCCUGGGAACAUUCCAAAUUGAAUUCACCCAUAUCCCGUGGGGAACCAAAUACUACAAGCAGCAUGGGCGAUAUGCCGCCGAAGACUGUCUAGAGACGCUGCGCCAGUUCGACGCAGGGCUCUUUGGGGCCGUUGGAGCACCCGAUGUGCCGGACCAUCUCUCUCUCUGGGGUCUGCUCCUAGCAAUCCGAGGCCCGCUCCAACUCUUCGCCAAUGUGCGCCCGGUGCGCACAUUCCCGGGCACGAAAUGCCCACUUAACACAGCGACAGAGGGCAUCGACUGGGUACUCGUGCGCGAGAACUCAGAAGGCGAGUAUUCUGGACAGGGAGGGCGCUCGCACGUUGGACAACCAUGGGAGGCCGCCACAGAGGUGGCGAUGUUCACGCGGGUCGGGAUCGAGCGCAUUAUCAGAUUCGCGUUUGAGACGGCGCAGUCGCGGCCGCGGCGGCACCUUACCGUCGUGACGAAGAGCAACUCCAUGCGCAACGGAAUGGUUCUGUGGGAUGAGGUCGCCGCGGCCGUGGCCCACGAUUUCCCGGACGUCACCUGGGAAAAGAUGCUCGUGGACGCCAUGACGGUGCGCAUGGUGGCUAAGCCGCAGUCUGUUGAUACGAUCGUCGGCACGAACUUGCAUAUGGAUAUCUUGUCGGACCUGGCUGCGGCCUUGGCUGGUUCGAUUGGUGUUGCGCCUUCGAGCAAUCUGGAUCCGACACGCAAGAAUCCAUCGCUGUUUGAGCCUGUGCAUGGGAGUGCUUUUGAUAUUACGGGCAAGGGGAUUGCGAACCCUGUUGCUACCUUCUGGUCGGCGGCUGAGAUGCUUUCGUGGCUCGGGGAGAAGGAUGCUGCGGUGCAGCUCAUGCGAUGCGUCGAGAGGGUUUGCGCGGCUGGGACUCUGACGCCGGACUUGGGGGGAUCUGCUGACACUCAGGGAGUGGUGGAUGCUGUCUGCGCAGAGAUUGUCAAGUUGGGGUAA